AUGUCAAUUACGUUGCGACUUGCAACUCUGCGAAGACCUCCAUUAAGCUCUCUAUGUCUACGUUGGUCAUCUACCACUCACGUCUCUCGUCUACGUGGUACUCCACACCUGAAACGUAAAUUGGGUCAGCAUUUACUGAUCUCCGAUGGUAUUUUAUCCCAAAUCGUAGCAGCUUCGGAGCUGUCUGCCACUACAUCGACGUCUUUGCGUGUACUAGAAAUUGGGCCAGGAACGGGCAAUCUAACGUCAGCCUUGUUGCAAUUGAGUCCACGAGUACAGAUUCAUGCUGUGGAAUUUGAUUUUCGCAUGGUCGAGCAAUUGAAGCUUCGUUUUCCUACUGAGAUUGAGUCCGAGCGUCUUGUGGUCGAACAGUGUGAUUUUGAACAAUUCCAGUUUGUAGUAGCGAAUCAACCACAUCAGGAGACGUUGUUUGAUGCUUGUGUCGCUAAUCUUCCAUACAAAUUGUCGUCCAUAGUCGUAUCUAGACUGUUGAAUUAUAUGCAUCGCUUCCCAAUGACUUUCAAGUGUGCAGUGCUGUUGGUUCAAGAAGAGUUUGCAUUGAGAUUAUUAGCUUCACCAGGUAACAAGAACUACAGUCGCUUGAGUGCUAAUACGGCAUUGGUGGCUGAUGUCACGUCAGUUGUGAAAGUACCGCGACAACAUUUCUUACCACCACCAAAGGUGGACUCGCGAGUGAUUAAACUCUCCCCACGUGCUGCGUUGAUGCCUGUGUUGCCUGCAGAUGAUGAGCUCUUCUUUCAAAAGUUUGAUGCAUUGCUGAGGUUAUGCUUUGAACGGAAGAAUAAGACACUGAGGGCAUUGCUCCUGGCUAAGACUGCGAGGUCGCAAUAUCUGCUGAAUGAGGCGGAAGAAGAGGACAAACAUCAGGCAAUUACUGAACGUGUAGAGGCCGCUCUGGAAGCUAGUGGACUUGCGUCGAACCGAGCAGUGAAGGUCUCUGUGGCUGAGUUUAUGAAGCUGAUGCACGAAUUGCGUGAGCGUGGAAUUGAUCUCCGGCCAAGCACUACACGUCAUUUCCGGGUGUAG